AUGGCUGCAAUGGAGAGAACAAGUCCAAAACAAGUGGGUUCGAUUGCGGAAUUCCUACUGGAGAACGACAAUCUCUACAAAGAUUCCCCUGGCAUGCGACAGAAGACAUUGCAUUGGGCGGCUCGCAAUGGAAACACGGAAAUUAUGGAAAAUUUGCUGUCACAAGAGACAGAAGACAGCGAGAUUGGACGAACGCUUCUUUGGGCUGCCGUUGGAGGUCAGGAGAGCGCCGUACAAUGGCUGCUCGACAAAUUUACACAAGGGGAUCCAAAAUGUAUCCUACAUGAAAAGGAUAUGAUCCACGCAGUUCAGGCUGCCGCUCACAACGGGCAUGAGAAAGUGGUGCAGCAGUUACUGAGCCAUAUGAUGGGCUCUCUAGAAGACACGAAGUCUUGGACUGCGCUUCAUUGGGCAGUCAAUUGGACGAAGCCCGAAGCGGUGUUCGUCGUCAAACAUUUGUUGAUGAAUGGUGCCAACCCUGAAGCUACUAAUGGAGAUACAUCUGACACGAUCUCUGCGCUGGAUAUGGCUAAACAGCCUUCGCGGGAGAAUCCAGCGUUUAAAGACAAAAUUGUGGGCCUUCUUGAAAGUCCUCUACGACUUCCCCGGAAGCCCCUUCCGCUGACGGUUCCAAGUAUGGAGGGAGUACCGGAUAUUUGUAAACAGUUACGGUCCAACAUCAUCGACUUCUAUUUCCAGGAUAAUAGGUUCUAUACGCUUGAAAGAACAAGCCCGGUGUCCGAUGUCGUCUACGGCGAAGGGCCAGAAAAGAUCAUGUCGAAGGCAAGGGACAUAUGGGAGACCGAAUGGACGAACGAGCACGCUCAGCGUUUCAGAUGGGUCCAUCUACCUGCAAACAAUUUUGAGACCAAAGACUUUCGUUCUGGGGAAGGUUCGAGUAUUGCCCGAUUACAGGGCAAAUCGGUGCAGCAGCGCGGCAAAGACCGUAAGCCAAAAACUAUCACCAAACCCGGCCAAGACAAUGAAGUCAUUCCCGGAGGAGAGGUGGUGAAAGACCAGACUCCCAAGUCAAUAGGCCCACACAGACCAUUUGAGGGGAAAACUGAGGACCGAGGACAAAACCUUCAGAGCGAAUCCGGUGGUCAGGAAGCACACACAGGGGAGGUAACGACUGGUGCAGUACCUAUCUCAGGCGAAGCCACGAAUAAUGAAAUGGUUAUGCCGGAAACGGAAAUGAAUGAAACCAAGACAGACUACAUCAACAAAGAGGACGGACGUAUCCAAGAUACCGGUCCCAAGGAUUCCAAGGCGGAGGGAACAACCACACUGCCAACAGCUUUCGAUAGGAGAGAGGGCCAAAUGGAUGUCAAACAGCAACAACAGAGACAGAAAGAUACAAAAGAAACAGUGCGAGAUGCUGAAGGUGCUGCCUUGGAAGGAUGCAAGUUGGCGAUUUGUAUGCCGUUCCUCACUCUCCAAACCGUGGACAGUCAAAGGAAGCUGCGACAAGCAAUCACUCUUACUGAAUUGUAUCCGGAAUGGACAGCAAUUGAUCCAGAUGGCAAAAGAACAGCAAAAAUAGACGAAAUGAAGGAAGGAUAUAAACUACUACAUGAAAUUGCCCCCGGGCUCUUGGAGCGGCGAGAGAGGCUGCAGGAUGUCAUUGAGAUUGCGGAGCGAGAGGAAAAUAAUUCAAAUAACGGAGCAGCUGCGAGACAUGAAGAAUUGCUCCAACGCUAUUUCAGAUCCGGCAAGGGACCAGGUCUCCAUGUAUCGCGAACGUUAGACCAAUACUAUUAUUCCUCGCUACCAGACACCGUGCGACGUGAUGCAGAUCAAGUUGUCCGACGGUACCGGACCAGGAAGUUCAAGGAAAAGGCAGAAAUGGGAAGAGAGAGAGCGAACGAUGAACAACAGCAAAGCAAAAACAGAAGUAGCGGAGCUGAUGCGCCAGACCGCCGUCACACUUCCCCUUCUCGAAGAAGCAGAUUUUUAGCGCUAAAUAAUCAUACAGAUCGAAUUAAAGGAUCGGGUCCUGAGUCUGAGGAAAUCGGGCCCGAUGAAGUCAUUAAUGACCGGGACUUUGAAAUGUGCAUGGUGGACCAGCUUUGGUUGUGGAUUGUUGAUGAUACGUCUGUGUUGGCUUCGUGGGAGGACUGUCAUGCACGUCUCCCAGACGGACCAGAGUCCUUUUUCCACAUGUUUGCCAGCUCUAUCGGUAUUGUGUUCUCAGCGACGCUGACCGCUUCUGAUGUCAUGCAGGCAGACGCAGAAGUAAAAUGCUUCGAGACCUUCAAAAAGGAAAUCCACCAAAGCUACAAAGUCCACGACGAAAAUGGAAAUUCGGCCGUUCAGGGACUAAAUCUGCAGGGCGAAAUCGAUUUUCUAGAGGAGGUGAAAGACAUCCGAGAUGAGCUUAACAUCAUCAAGAGUAUUUGUGAGGACCAGAAAAAUUUAAUGCAGAAGUUGUUCAGCCUUGUCGCCAAGGUAGCACCCGGUGCGGAACGAGAGGCGAUAGCCAAAGACCCAGUGCUGAACUACUAUCACCAACGAAGCGAUAUUCAGCUUCGCAUCGAGAGGAUUGAAAAGAUGGACAUGGAUGCCCUGAUUACGUAUGAUGCUCUCAACCAUUUGCUGGACCUGAAGCAGAAGAAUACAAACAUCCUCGAGGCUGUUGAAGCUAGGAAACAGGCGCAGCAGGCUGCGCGACAGGCGGAGGAAACGACAAAGCAGGGCAGGACCAUUCUGGUCUUCACCAUUGUCACCAUCAUCUUUUCCUCCUUGUUUGCAUUGAACAUCCAAUCAUUCCCACAUGAGGGUGAGAAUUUGGGACGUCUGCUGCUGUCUGCAUUCCGUUGGUUUUUAUGGCUAUAUACAUCAACGAAGUCCUGGACUGGCUCAAAACGACCGUCCCAUCAUGGUGUCACAAAGCCCAAAAAUGCAUCAGGCCCUCUUUCGCCUGGUUCACAAUGCUUCUGGCCUAUUUCACGGACUACAUUCAUUUAUUCGAAUCUACGGAUAACGGAAGCCAAACCGAGAGUCCUGCAAGCACGUCCCAAAAAUGAUUCGCGUUCAUCUCAGAAUCGCUCCAAGCGGGGUGAUGGACCCAGCUCGUCGAUUAGAAAACUCUUGACCCGAGGGGACAGUGAGAAAUCUUCUCCGCAAGAGGAGGUCUGA